CCCGCCGCCCCCCCGCCAGCUGGCUCCCGAACCUCAGUCGGCGCCGAGCAUCCCGCUGCCCCGGACCCUCCCGCGGGCACGCACCGGGCUCAAGUCAGGCUCGGGACUGCAGGUAGACAUCUCCACUGCCUUGGAAUCAUUGAGUAUACAACCAAGACAGCCUCGUUGGAAGGCCAGCCAUACUGGAAUCCAACCUCGGCAUGGGCCUUGCCAUCGAGGCAGCUCCACUGUCCGUGCUGGUCUGAGGGUGCUGCCCGACAUGGGGGCAGCUAUCUCCCAGGGGGCCCUCAUUGCCAUCGUCUGCAAUGGCCUCGUAGGCCUCUUGCUGCUGCUGCUCUGGGUCAUUCUCUGCUGGGCCUGCCACUCUCGCUCUGCUGACAUCGACUCGCUCUCCGAAUCCAGUCCCAACUCCAGCCCUGGCCCCUGUCCUGAAAAGGCACCACCACCCCAGAAGCCUAGUCAUGAAGGCAGCUACCUGCUGCAGCCCUGAAGGUCUCUGGCUUAGCUCAGAGCCUGGAACCUAAGUCCACCCAACCCAGAGCCUGGAAUCAGGAUUCCAGAGUUCAGCCAGCCUGGUGUCCAGAACUCGGAGUUCAGCCUGCCUGGAGCUGGAUCCAGAGCCCAGAGUCUAGCCAGCCUGGCUCCAGAAGGGGCUCGGGUGCCCUAGGGAGAUAGGCCUGGGGUGGGGGUUCAUGAGUUGGUGCUAGGGCCAGGACUGCCCUUUCCCUAAGAUAAGCGCCUCUCGGCCCUCUAGGUUGGGGAAGCAAAUUGGAACCCAAGGCAAUAAUGGGAGGGUGUCCAGGCUGGGCCCCUCCCCUGGUCCUCCCACUGUUGGCUGGAUAAUAAAUGGAACUAUGGCUCUA